AUGCAGUGGAAACCCGUCCUCCUAUCCCUCCUCAUGGAGCCCAUCUCCGCACAAAUGGUAAUCCCCCCCAUGCUCCGCUUCACCUGUUCCCAGCUCGUCGUCGACCGUCUCGACCCCCUCGUAAACCCCGGUCUCAUCCCCAGUCCCCACCAACACCAAAUCGUCGGCGGCAACUCCUUCAAUGCGUCUAUGGACCACCCGUCUCACGAUCUCGCCAGGGACUCCAGCUGCACCAGCUGCACCUUCUCUGAGGACUUCUCCAACUACUGGACCGCCGUCCUGUAUUUCCGCGCCCGGAACGGGACCUUCAAGCGCGUGCCUCAGAUCACAAGCGAGGGGCUUGGCGGCAAUGGGGGGAUCACGGUGUACUACAUCCCAGAUGCAAAUAAUAAGACGAACGUCACGGCUUUUCGACCGGGUUUCCGUAUGUUGGUUGGUGAUGCGGCGUUGAAGACGCCGGGGAGUGCGCAUAAAGUCUGUCAUCGGUGUAUGCCCAAGUCGGGGGAUAACAGUAAUCUGAAUUGUGCGGCGCCGGAUACUCAAACGCUGCCGAGUGGGUUCUGUGUUGGUGGGAUACGAUCGGUCAUCACGUUUCCGACGUGUUGGGAUGGGAGGAAUUUGGAUAGUCCGGAUCAUGAGAGUCACGUUGCGUAUGCGGUGGGUGCUGGGGCGAAUGAUGUUGGGCCGACGGGGGCGUGUCCUGCGAGUCAUCCGGUGGUUAUUCCGCAGGUUAUGUAUGAGGUUAUGUGGGAUGUGAGUUUUGUGGUCUUUCUCGUUCGCUGAAAUUUCAAGAGGUCCUGGAGAAUUUGUGAACUGAUGCAAUCCCAAUUACAGACUCGAGAAUUUAACGACAAAGCAUUAUGGCCAGAAGAUGGCUCUCAGCCAUUUGUCUGGAGUACAGGCGAUCAGUACGUCUUCUUUCCCCCCUUUCUCAAAGUCACGAAAAGUUCUAAAUGGAGUUCACAGAAAAGGAUACUCGCAGCAUGGUGAUUACGUUUUCGGCUGGCAGGAUGAUUCCCUACAACGCGCUAUGGACACUCGUUGUACUGGCGAUACCUGUGCGGUUCUGAAGACCCAAAGUACAGAAGACUCGAUGAAAUGUACCAAGAAUCAGACUGUGGACGAUGAUCUGCAUGGAUGUGAGUAUACUCUCUGUUCUGGGUUGUCUUGGGGGAGUGAUGGCUAA